CAUGCAUUUCUUUCCCAGCACUGGGUACUUGCAGGAGACCAGAAUAAAUAAAUUAAGAAGAGCCUAAUUCUGGCUGUAUUCAGUCGGCCUACCAGUUUUUAUUCAAUAUUGCUUCGCUUCCUGUCGUGUCUGCUCCCCAGGAGAAAGCAGAAAGCUUAUCGGAUUGGAGGGGUAAGAUCGGCGAUAACGGAUAAAGCACGCAUAGAAUUCACGAUCCGCCCGCCGCACUUUUGUCAUCCACGCUUGUACGCCAUGGCGAGCAACGGGCCUCAGGCCGAGGACUUUCUGAAGAGGCCGCUCUAUGUAUACGACCUCCCGGCAGACUUGCUGUCUACUUUGACCAUUAAAUCCAGCACUUCCCUCCCUCCCACCGGAACUGUCACUCCAGCUACAUCGGAAUCAUCUGAAAAAGAGAAUGGAAUCCCGACCACGAACACAUGCACCCUCUGUCAAAUAUCCUUCCAGAAUGUGCAGGAGCACCGCGACCACGCGCGAUCGGAUCAUCACCGAUACAACAUCAAAGCUCAACUGCGGGGCAACCGACCUUUGACAGAAACCGAGUUCACGAAAGCUAUUGGCGACAUCGAUGAGUCGAUAUCAGGAUCAGAAAGCUCUGAGUCGGACGAGGAGGAAGACGAUCCUCGUUCCUCAGACUCCACAUUGGUGGCAUUGUUGAAAAAACAGGCGAAAAUCUCUCAAGAGACGGCAGGGAGUGAGGAGUCGCACAAAAAGGCAGGCGCCGGAAGACAGCCUAUUGUGUGGUUUUCCAGCUCAAAGCUCUCUCCAAACACAUCUCUUGGAGUGUAUAGAGCUCUUUUCACGAAUGAGGAACAAGACGAAGUCGAUCACAUGACGGAAUCAUUGCGCAAGAAGCAACUCCAACCCAUCAAGCGCGCAAAUAAUUCUGCACCUGCAGCUAGGUAUAGCGGGCCCCAUGUAUUUAUGUGCAUGAUCGGCGGUGGCCACUUUGCCGCCAUGAUUAUAGCACUCGCUCCUGAGGUACAAAAGCGAGGGGGGGUUGAGGAAAGGCAGGCUAAGGUUAUAGCGCAUAAAACAUUCCAUCGUUACACGACGCGCAGAAAACAGGGUGGCUCACAAUCAGCGAGCGAUGCCUCCAGGGGCGCUGCACAUUCGGCCGGGUCAGGCUUGCGAAGAUACAACGAAGCUGCACUAGAAAAAGAUAUUCGUGAUCUGCUGCGAGAUUGGAAGGAUAUGAUUGAUACAGCCCAGCUUGUCUUUGUGCGUGCCACAGGAAACACAAAUCGACGAACAUUAUUUGGCUCGUACGAAGGACAGGUUCUGAAGCAUAAUGAUCCUCGAAUGCGGAACUUUCCUUUCAGCACCCGCCGUGCGACACAGGCAGAGUUGAUGAGGUGCUUCAAGGAGCUAACAAGAGUAAAGGUCAGCCAGAUUGACGAGGCUGCCUUGGCUGCUGCCGAAGCCAAGCAGCGUGAGACAGUUUCGAAAUCCCCGAAGCCCGCCUCACAGCCAAAGAAGCCGAAGUUGUCGGAAGAAGACGAGGCUGCAAUGUUGCACACUUCCCAGAUCCAGGCUCUUAUCCGCCGCUCAAAGGCACCCGCUCUGCUGUCAUACAUCUCAAACAAUACCAUCUCCCCAUCAUUUAAAUUCUUCCCUGCAGAUUCGCUUCAAAACCAUCACUCUCCUACCCCUCUUCACCUUGCUGCGAACUCCGACUCUCCUGCGCUUGUCACAUCACUUUUAACAAAAGCAAGUUUUGAUCCUACCAUUCAGAAUGGGGAGGGUAAAACGCCUUUUGACCUCGCCAGAGACCGAGAUACGCGUGAUGCCUUUCGGGUUGCCCGGUAUGAACUAGGUGAAUCCGCCUGGGACUGGGAGGCGGCCCACGUACCCUCUCCCAUGGCUCGCGCAGAGGUUGACCGCCGCCAAGAGCAGGAGAGAGAGGAUGCUGCAAAAGAAGAGGCGAGUCGUCGUCAGGCUGAAAUGCAGCGGUUGAAGGCAGAAGAAGCUGCUAGUGCGGCGUCGGCUGAAAGUAAAAAGAAUGCAGGUGGUCGCAAGCUGGCAUCCUUGGAAAAGACUGCUGCAGAGAAAAGAGAAGAUGAAAUGCGAGGAAUGACGCCUGAAAUGAGGAUGCGAUUGGAAAGGGAGCGUCGAGCCCGGGCUGCGGAGGAGCGCAUUCGGAAGAUGCAAGGAAAGUGAUACCUGCAGCUAUUUUAGGUUUAAAUAUAACACCUCAUGGGUAUAUCCUCUUGGCAAAGAGUUUUCCCAAUUGUACCAGUUCACAUCAAUUGAUAUAUAAAUACAUAUGUAGAUGCGUGUAGUCCUUGAAUCUGAGUUGGCGGCAGUCGCCAAUAGUUGAC